CCGUCUAUCACGUGACUAUGUUGUCUCUUCUGAUUGGUCGGUCUAGGCCUGGUUAUCAAUCCAAGAUGGCACCGACCCUGGUGGAGCAUGUUGUGGCAGACGCAGGAGCGUUUUUAAAGAAAGCUCCUCUGCAGGAAAUCGGCAGGAACAUCUACACCCUGAGAGAUGUGGUGGAUGAGAUCAGAGACAAACCCACCAGGAGGAGUCUGGCCUUCCUGCCGUACCAGCUCCACUUCAAAGAACCACAUCCAGAACACAUCAGACACAUGACAGAGUUCUCUAAGAAGACUGGAGACUACCCAAGUCUUUCAGCCACCGACAUCAAAGUCCUGGCUCUGACCUAUCAGCUGGAGCUGGAGCACGUCGGCUCCCAACACCUGAGGAGAGAACCGGAGGUCAAGGUUAACGUUCACAGCACACAGCGCCACCCGGAGACUCCUGUCAAUGUUGCAGGAUUUCACUUCCCCUCCAAGAAACCUGUGGACAGUUUGAGCAGCAGACAGACUCCAACAGAGACAGACACCUUAAACCCGACGGACAGCGACCAGUUUAACAGCUUCCAGUUCUGGAGAGAGCCGCUGCCGUCCAUCGACGACAGUCUACUGGAGUUACUGGAUCCAGUGGAGGUUUUUAAUUCGAGCGACAAACAGAAACAGAUGUCUCCUCCUCCUGCGACGACCGACAGUGAUGAGUUUAACAGCUUCCAGUUCUGGAGAGAACCACUGCCGACCAUCGACGACAGUCUGCUGGAGUUAUUGAAAGCGGACGGUGUCUCGGCGUCAGACGGCAGGUUGAACACGUUGCCACGGACAGAGGACCAAUCAGACGACGAGGACAAAGAGAACGAGCCUGAGGAGGAAGAUGAGGAGGAGGAUGAUGAUGAUGGAGGAGGUUGGAUCACUCCCAGUAACAUUAAACAGGUGAAGAUGGACUCAGCUGAUUGGACAGCACCUGCUGAUGUCACAGUUGGGUGUCUGACCACUGACUUCGCCAUGCAGAAUGUCCUGGUCCAGAUUGGACUUCACGUUCUGUCUGUUAACGGAAUGGUGAUCAAACAGGCGAGGAACUACAUCCUGAGGUGUCACGCCUGCUUCAAGACGACCAGUAACAUGAACAAAGUGUUUUGUCCUCACUGUGGAAACAAAACUCUGAAGAAGCUGGCGGUGACGCUCAAUGAGGAUGGCAGCAUGCAGAUGCAUUUCUCCAGAAACCCCAAAGUGCUGAACCCGAGAGGAAUGAGGCACUCGCUUCCUCAGCCUCAAGGAGGGAAACAUGCCAACAACCCCCAGCUGGUGGAGGAUCAGCGUUUCCCCCAGCAGAGACUGUCCAGAAAAGCCCGUCAGAAGACCAACGUCUUUGACCCGGACUACGUGGCUGGAGCGUCGCCUUUCUGCGAGAAUGACAUCUACAGCCGAGCGGCCAACCUGCAGAUCAGAGACGGUCAGUGUGGAGGCGGCAGGAGGCGAGCCAAUCCCAACGCCGCCCGCAAGAAGUUUGUCAAGAAGAAGUGAAGAGCUGACGGACGUUUGGACACGUGAAGACACAGCGUCAUCACAUCUGUGAGAGAUUUAAGGACUAACACAGGUGGUUCUUCGUGUCUGAGUCUCAACAUUACAUCUUUCAUACGUGACAGUCGUCUUUGUUUCCUUCCCAGCAGCCACUGCUCAGAGCAUUUCUGUAACAUUAAUUUGAGAGUUGAUGCAGAUCAUCAAAAAACUGAAUGGUUACUUUUUCUCAGUUUCAAAUUCUAGUUAUCACAACCUGGAUUUUUAUGUAAAGAAAUGACCACCAGAUACUGUAGUAAAUUAAAAUUAACAAUUCACAUUGUUCCUCUCACAGCGCUUCAAGUGUUUACACAUUAUCUCAACACAGAGAUAACGUGUAAACACACCGACAGUCUCUCUCUGCAGCAGGUUGAUAUAUUUAUGGACAUGAACUGACAUUGUGGCUCUGUGGAAGAAAAUAAACCUAAAACCAGUCAGAUGAUUUGGAAUCAGCAGAAACGUGCAUGUGAUUUACAGUGAUGGGUGAAGCGUGCAGAAACCGUUCUCAACUCUAAAUAUAAAGCCAGCAUUUCUCCUUGUGUACAGGAUUCAUGUUAAACCCUCCCAAAUGUAUUGAGACUCAUCAAUAUAAUAUUUCUGUAUUAAUACCCAAUAAAUUUAAAGAUUGACUUCA